AUGCCAUACAAAAAUUCAAAAGACGAUCAGCCUAUAAAGCAUCCGGAAAUGGAGGAGAAGGUGCAGAGCCGGCAUUCUUCACUUCAGCAGGAAUACCUGACCAGGGAGACUUUUGAUGAUGACGACGAAUCGCAUAACAAGGCCAUACAAUACCUUAAGGAACGCAUAACACAUUCAAGGGCCUUGCUCAGAAGAUUUAAAAUUAUAACGGUGGUUCUUUUCAUCAUAUGUCUUGGCUUGGUCGCCGCUUUGAGCCAACUUUUGGCAUCGACGAAUUUUAUGAAGAGUCCUGAGCAAGUAAGGGCUGAUUCUCUAAAUGGGAAUUGUACGUCGGAAUCGCUUUCGAGCUUCAUGUCAAGAUACCAUUGUGAUCCGGAAAUGCAGCAGGAGGAGGAACUUCAGCAGAAAAUGGAUUCGAUUGUCCGUCAUAUAAUGCAAGGAUCAAACGAUGCCAUAGUUCCACGUUUCCAUUUGAAAAGGAGGGAUGGUGCCGGGGACACUCCUACAAAUCAUCUUGAAGGAACUUCCGCGUUGUAUGUUGAUCUCUCCAAGAAGGAUAACAACGGACAAAAUCGAAAAGACCAGUCCAACAGCACUAUUAUCAGCACUACCUCAUCUUCUAUAUCUUCCGAUGCUCCAAAGACUUCUUUGGACGAAUCAACUUCAUCUUGGAAUCCAUCUACAUAUACAUGGACACCAUCAAGCACGGAAAUAGAAUCAUCUACUGAACCAGAGGCUAGCAGCUCGUUCACUUGGGCUUCCACUACCUCUAGUUCUUCUACCGAGAGCUCGACUACUGAAUUCUCAUUCUCAUCAUCAGAUGAUUCAUUAAGUCAGGCUCCAGCUUCAACGGAAGACACCCCAUUCUCCUCAUCUAGUAAGACAACAUCCUCAUCUAAUAAGGUGUCAAAAACAACGUCGUCCACAGAGGCAGCAUCCACAUACGAAUCAUCAUCAGCAUCCUCGUCAGACGAAUCUUCUGAAUCCUCAGACUGGGGUAGCACUGAUUCUUAUGUUCCUCAAACAUCAACCGACGAUUACUCAUCAGAUGCAAGCUCCUCUCCUGAUUCAACAUCCACUACGGAAGCAUCUUCCACUGCAGAUUCAACAACGCCAACACCAUCCAUCUUUUCGAGUACUAGCGGAUCCUUGGUGGUGAUGGGAUAUACGACUGUUGUCAACAACACUACAAUAACUAGUUUGCACACUGUGAUAGCCUCUCCGACAAGUGCUGAAAAUACAGGAAGUGCCAGUAAGGACAGUGGAUCAUCCGGUCUUUCUACUAAGGAUCAGCACAUUGUUAUCGGCUGUGUUGUUGGUUUAGGUGUGCCGAUCAUUGCUUUAAUUGCCGGUGCAUUUUACUGGUACAGGCGCAGACAGACAGACACUACAGGUAAAAAUUAUGUUGAUUCUAAUGGACGGGAUGUGGGAAUUGCUGUUGAUGGCGAUAAUAUAUUGGAGAAGCUUAAAUUCUGGAAGAAUAACAAGGGUGCUGGGGACUUUAAUGACGAUUCUUUGGAUGAAGAUUUCAGCUUGGAUGAUGCUUCAGAGAGCAAUCAUGAUGGUAACGGCACUCCUCAGAGUGGUGAGUCUACUGAAAGAAGUUUUGUUGUUGAUAGGGCAAAACCUAUCAGAAACCAGACUGAUCACAACUUCUGA